AUGGGUAGAGGAAAAGUGGAAUUGAAGAGGAUAGAGAACAACAUUAGCAGACAAGUAACCUUCUCUAAAAGAAGAACUGGUCUCUUGAAGAAAGCUAAGGAACUCUCUGUACUUUGUGAUGCCGAAAUUGCCCUCAUCGUCUUUUCCUCUCGUGGCAAACUCUAUGAAUUCAGCAGCAUCGAAUGUCUUCCAAAAACCAUUGAGCGAUACCAGCGUUGUGGCAAUAACAUUGAACUUCAUCAUCAUAAUCAUCAAGAUCAUGCCAUUGAGGCUCAAACACAGAGUUGGCUCCAAGAGAUCGCGCAUUUGGAGUCGCAAUGUGAAUCUCUAAAGAGAGCCCAAAGGCAUAUGCUGGGAGAAGAACUGGGAUCUCUGAGUUUAAAAGAGUUGCAACAUCUUGAGAAGCAACUUGAAAGUGCUCUUGCUCAGACCAGGGCGAGGAAGGCACAACUGAUGGCUGAGCAAAUGGAUGCACUUAGGAGAUCGGAACGCAAACUUGGAGACUUGAAUAAGGAAUUGAAGCUGAGGGUAGGAGAUCAGGGACAUGGUUUUAGGCCAAUAUUGGAUUCUAAUGGAUGUAUCCCAUUCAUACACCAAUCUCAGUCUACAAGUUUUGAGUAUGAUCCCGUUACCUUGCAAAUUGGAUCAUACAAACCUGAGCCAGUAGUUCUAGAAAUAGGAUAUGCUCCUCACUAUCCAUCUCAUGAGGAUGAAGGGCCAUCCAAUGGCAAUCAAAGAGCUGGGUUGGGUAGUGACACUACUAACUUUCAUCAGGCAGGAUGGUUGCUUUAA